AAAACCUGAGGGAGAAUGAUUUUAUAACAAAAGAAGAGUUAAAGUCUUAAAGACAAAGCCGCAUUACUCAUAUUGGAGCUGCCAAGAAACAAAAAAAAUCACUCCGCGAAGAAGAUGUCGACAGAAGAGGAAGAGAAUGCCGCGGAGCUUAAGAUAGGAGAUGAGUUUCUCAAGGCCAAGUGCCUGAUGAACUGCGAAGUUGCUUUGAUUCUUGAACACAAGUAUGAGCAGUUUCAGCAGAUGUCUGAGGAUCCAUCAAAUCAUAUGUCUCAAGUCUUCGAGAAGUCGCUCCAGUACGUUCAGCGUUUUAGUCGAUACAAGAACCCGGAUGCGGUCAGACAAGUUCGGGAAAUCCUGAGUAGGUAUCAACUUACAGAGUUUGAGCUUUGUGUGUUGGGAAACCUCUGCCCAGAAACAGUGGAGGAAGCCAUUGCCAUGGUCCCGUCUAUUAAGAACAGAGGACGCUCGCUGGAUGAUGAGGCGAUUGAGAAGAUGUUAAAUGACCUCUCCUUGAUCAAGAAAUUUGAGUAGCGUGAGGGCAUUCUCUUGAUUUUGCUUUUUCUAGUGGCUGGUGCUGCAAAUGGCAAUCUAAUUUGCAAUGGCUAGGUCGAGAAAACUGUUCCCAGAAGAACUAUGCAAUCUAAUUUUAUGUGUAAAUUGUAUUUUCAAAUUUAAGCUUGAAUCUACUGGAUUGUUGACUCGGUGUGACUGCUACAUGUCUUGAGUCUAUUACAUUUACAAAAUUCCUAAUUGAAGUGAGCUACGAAUUUAUUUCUUAUCAUAAUUCAUAAUUAGUCUUGUUCUAUACAUAUUUC